AUGGCAUUGUUGUUCAUCAAGCAAAAGCUGUUCCCCACGCGGCCAGCAGACAAGACCUCAGCCAGCAAGCGGCUACUUCUUCGCAAUGACGACGAGGACACCAUUCGAGGCGACUCCGAUCUCGAAUCUCAACACGGUCGAUCCUACGACACGUUCGGGCGAUGCAGCAGCCCCGACGAUUCAACCACAACGGUGGCAAGCAGCAGCAGCGCCCGCUGUCGAGUUGACCCUCGCACCGUUUCUGAUGCUAUCCUCGGCCUCUCGGACGGCCUGACAGUUCCAUUUGCCCUGUCUGCGGGUCUCUCUGCCCUGGGAAACACCAAGGUCGUCGUGCUCGGUGGACUCGCCGAGCUUGCAGCCGGAGCCAUCUCCAUGGGACUAGGAGGAUAUGUCGGUGCCAAGAGUGAAGCUGAAUCAUACCAGACUACGGUUCGGGAAACAAAGCAAUUGAUCAAGACGGAUCCGCAAGAGACCCGCGCCCUCGUGCGCGAGACUUUCGUUCCGUUCGGACUUUCCGAGGCUGCGAUUUCCGAUAUCAACCGAGACUUGCACCUCUCUGACGACCGCCUCCUUGAAUUUCUCCUUGCGUUCCACCACCGUGAGACAGAGCCGGAUUGCAACCGGGCCUGGAUUUCAGCCGUCACGCUUGCGCUCGGUUACUUUGUCGGUGGUUUCAUCCCGCUGAUUCCAUACUUCAUUGUCGACCAAGUCAUGGUUGCGCUAUACUGGAGUAUUGGCCUCAUGGCUAUUACUCUUCUCGUUUUCGGAUACGUAAAGACCUGUGUUGUUCGCGGCUGGUCUGGCCGUGACAACGUUUGGGCUGGUGUCUGGGGUGGUAUCCAAAUGUGCUGUGUCGGAGGUGUGGCCGCUGGUGCCGCUAUUGGGCUGGUCCAGUUGAUCGAUACUGGCAGCACAUAA